AUGGGCGACACUACCGUCAAAAAGUCGAAGCGGGACGAGACGGAAGACGAACGACGCGCCCGCAAGGAGAGAGAGCGUGCUGAGCGAAAGCUGCGGGAGCAGAAUGAGGCGGAGAAGUCGGCGCACGACGCUGAGGGCAACAGGAAGGAGCGGAGACACAGGCGCGAGGAAACGGAGGAUGAAAGGCGCAUGCGCAAGGAGCGCGAGCGUGCGGAGCGCAAGGAGCGCGAACGGGAAAGGGAGCAGCUUGCGGAAGCUGCAGGGGGAGAAAAUAGGGAGCGGAGGCACAAGCGCGAGGAAACGGAGGAUGAAAGGCGCAUGCGCAAGGAGCGCGAGCGUGCGGAGCGCAAGGAAAAGGAAGGGGCCAAGCAACGGGAUCAGCAAGAGAAGGAGGAUAGUGGGGGCGUCGCGCGAAGAUCAUUUGCUAAUGAUGAAGCUGUGGUAGAUGACGAACCGCAGGCAUGGCAACAGGAAGGUCCCGAUGCUGAAAGUACGGGCGUGGUACUUGGAGGAAGGAAGGAGGAGCUGGCGACUGCAAUGGACGUGGAAAACCGUGCGAUUCGUCAGGCUGCUGAGGAAGCGAGAGAAGCUGCUCGGCGUGAGCAGCGUCGACGCGCCGAGGAGGAACGGGAGGAGGAGGCGAUUGAGCGACGAGAAAAACGCCGCAAAGAGAGAGAGGAAAAAAACAUGCGCCGCUCUCAGACGACAGAUACAUCGGGUGCAGUGGUGGGGAAGAGCACGCUUGGCGUCUCGGAUCUGCGACGUCAAGGGUAUCGAGCGCAAUUUGAAAAGGACCUGCAACGUGCAACGGCCCUACGACGCCUAGUGGACAUGGAUGAUGUUUCUGCGGCCCUCGUUGACGUUCCUCCGCAGUCGCGGUACGACAUGUAUAUUCGUAACUUUGGGGACAUGAGUCGCAAGCAGGCUGGGGUGCAGGCUCCGGCGGAGGAGGAUCGUAUUGAUUUUGAGGUACAGGCAGAACGAGUACGUGUGCGGCAUCGCGGUGUCGAAGUGCCGCGUGACUUGGGACUUUGUCCUGAGCAGUUCGCGGAAAGACCGAUGCACUUUGUGAGGGAUGUUGGCCAGGGCGACGCCGCGGACGCCGUGGAAAACAACGAUGCUGCGGGUGAGGCUCCCCUGGGCGAAAUUUCUGGCGCGAACAUAGUUAACAGCACCUUGUUGGCGGCUUUUCUCGGACGCGUAUUUCCCGUUAUGCGGGCUAUUUUAGAUGAGAAUGACGAGGAGAAACUUGGCCCAGAAGCACUGAAGUCCAAGAGUGAAACUCAGUUUUCUACCUCCUACACGACGUUUUCUCUCGCUGCCACCUGCAAUCGACCUGUUGUGAAGGUCAUGUUUAACCCCUGUGCCCCGACCUACGUGGGGGUGCUUCAUGGGCCGAGGGAGGAAGAAGGCCCGUCUAGCGAGUUGGACCGCUACAUGUCGGUGAUCGUGAUUUGGAACGUCUACGACUCCUCCUCGCCCGAGAAGGUGCUUGUUAGCCCGUCUCCUCUCACGUGUAUGUGCAUGAGUCCACGGUGGCCGUACUUGAUUUACGCCGGAGCCGAGGAUGGCUCGCUUUACGUCUGGGACACUCGCGAGCCAGAGCGAAACCACAUCACCGCCGGCUGCAUCCAGCGAAACGCAUUUCGGCUCCCCUCGUUCGCCACGUCGUGGCAAACUGGAAACCAUAUUGCCCCCAUCGUCGCCGUUGCUGUAGCGGGCUAUAACACCGUCGUGGGUGUUCGUAAGGAUGAAAGUGAGCAGCUAGUUUCCCUUGAUGCCAGCGGAGGGACGUACUUUUGGGUGGUUAACGAAAAGGAUCAAUCGAAGGGCGCAAUCAGUGACACAGAGAACGGGUUGCAUAUGUUCUCGACGGUACGUUUAUUUUUAGCCACCUCAAAAUCCGAGGAUCACGUCAACGCUCUGUCGGUCGAUCAGGAAUCUUUUGCCCUGGACUUUGUUCCCACUGAUCCCUCGCAUUACGUUGUGGCAUGUGCAAGGGGCGUGCGACACAUGAGUCGUUUCGGCAGUAUAGCGGCACCGUCUCUUUACGGCCCGUGCUCCAGCUUUUUUGCGCGCCCAGUCGCCGUACCUUCCUGCGUGCGGUACGGCACCGUCGACAGCCGAAUUCUCAUGGUGGGAUACGACGAUGGUGGCUUGCGCCUCUACCUGCAUACCGACGCUGAGCCUCAACUUUCCAUACCCUUGAGCAACCACCGCGUCGUGGACAUGCGGUUCAGUGGGGGUGACAAAUGGCUGCUGUGGGCGUUGGACGCUAGCGGGACGCUCUUCCUGCUGGAUUUGGCGAAGAAGGACAAGGAGUUUCCGGUUCUCUCGCAGACGUUGUUGAGCCCCGACACCGGAUCUUGCACCUGCUUCGAUAUUCCACCCGAGGGAAAAGCUGAUAACCGCGUGAUACUCCUGGGAUUUGAAAAGGGCAUGGUUCAGCUGCACACCCUCAGCGACUUCACGCACCCACCGAGCUCCGACAGGGAAGAGCAUUGGCUGUAG